GGCCCCCUCCCCCAACCGCUUCGGCUGCUUCCAAGCGGCCCCAGCCGUUUGCCCUCCACUGGGUAGGACUGUAUUGCGGCCCGCGACCCUCCACAUCUUUCUCUAGCUGGGGUGCCGCUCCUCCUGUCUCCGUGCGCCCCCUCACCUCUCCGCUGCACCGCCCCCGGGGUCGCCCCCUCCCGCCCUUUCCUUCCACUGACGCAGUCUGUGCCGCACCAGCUCUAACAUGGCGGCGAGGCGCUGAGGAGAGCGGGGCGACGCGGGCCGUGAGCGGGUGUUUAAACCUUUGAAGCCAUGGGAGUAAAGGUCCAGAGACCUCGUUGCUUUUUUGACAUAGCCAUCAAUAAUGUACCUGCUGGAAGAGUAGUCUUUGAACUGUUUUCAGAUGUAUGUCCAAAGACAUGUGAAAAUUUUCGCUGCCUUUGCACAGGUGAAAAGGGUACAGGAAAAUCCACCCAAAAGCCAUUGCAUUACAAAAGUUGUCUAUUUCACAGGGUCGUGAAAGAUUUUAUGAUCCAAGGAGGUGACUUCAGUGAAGGAAAUGGCAGAGGUGGAGAAUCCAUUUACGGGGGCUUUUUUGAAGAUGAAAGCUUUGCUGUAAAGCACAACAAAGAAUUUCUCCUUUCAAUGGCUAACCGAGGGAAAGAUACAAAUGGUUCACAGUUCUUCAUAACAACUAAACCUACACCUCACUUAGAUGGACAUCAUGUUGUUUUUGGACAAGUCAUCUCAGGUCAGGAAGUUGUGAGAGAAAUAGAGAACCAGAAAACAGAUGCAUCUAGUAAACCAUAUGCUGAAGUACGCAUACUGAGUUGUGGAGAGUUAAUUCCAAAGUCCAAAGCCAAGAAAGAAGAAAAGAAAAGACACAAGUCGUCUUCCUCAUCUAGUGACUCGGAAAGUUCAAGUGAUUCAGAGUCGUCUUCUGAUUCAUCAUCAGAUUCUGAGAGUGCUUCAGAAGAAAAAUCUAAAAAACGAAAAAAGAAACACAAGAAGAAUGCCAAGAAGCAUAAGAAAGAAAAGAAAAAGAGAAAGAAAAGCAAAAAAAGUUCAUCCAGUGAAAGUGAAGAUGAAAACCCUGAAGCACAGCCAUUGUCUACUGUCCGUCCUGAAGAAAUUCCUCCUGUACCCGAAAACCGGUUUCUGAUGAGGAAAAGCCCUCCUAAAGUAGAUGAGAAAGAAAAAGAGAGGAAAAGCCGAGAGAAGGAAAGAGAAAGUAAUCUAUCAAACUCGCAGUCAACAUACCAGAGGAGGCUGUUAGUGACCAGAUCUGGAAGGAAAAUAAAAGGAAGAGGACCAAGGCGUUACCGGACGCCUUCCAGAUCCAGGUCAAGAGAUCGAUUCCGACGCAGUGAAACUCCUCCACAUUGGAGGCAAGAAAUGCAAAGAGCUCAAAGAAUGAGAGUGUCUAGUGGAGAAAGAUGGAUAAAGGGGGACAAGAGUGAAAUAAAUGAAAACAAGAAAGAUAAUCAAAAAAGCCCAGGAAGAGGAAAAGAGAGAAAAAUAUCAGAUCAUAGACCAGUUUCUGAAAGUCCAAGCAGAAGAGGGGAAAAAGAGAAGAAAAAAGAUCACAAGUCCAGCAGUAAAGACAGGGAAACAAGAAGGAAUUCAGAAAAAGACGACAAGCAUAACAAAAGCAAGGCCAAGAGAAGAGCUAAAUCCAGAAGCCAUAGUAAAAGCCGAGAGAAAUCAAAAAGUAAAGAAAGAGACUCUAAGCACAGCAGACACGAUGAAAAGAGAGUAAGAUCACGAAGCAAAGAGAGAGACAGAGACCAUGAGAAAGGUAGAGAAAAAGAAAAGUGCUAUGAUUCUAGAGGGAGAGAUAAAGAAAGAAGUAGGAGCAAAGAGAGAAGUAAAAGAGCAAGCUCAAGAAAUAAUGAACACGAUCAUAGAAAGAGUAAAGACAGGGAGAAACGUAAGUCAAGAAGCAAAGAGCGUGAGCAUGCUAGAGGAAAACAUAGCUCCAGCAGCAGAACAAGGGACAGAAGCAAAAGCCGAGAUAGGGGUAGGAGAGGAAGAUCAAGAAGCAGAGACAGAGAUCGCAGUAGAAGUAAGGACUAUUCAAGGAAUAGAGAUAGAGAGACAAGAAGAAGAGGAAGAUCAAGAAGCAGAGAAAGGAGAGGUACACCAGAUAAAUACAGAGGAAGAGACAAUAGGAGGAGGAGAGACUCAAGGAGCUCUGAGAGAGAGGAAAGUCAAAGCAGAAACAGAGAGAGGUAUUCAAAUAGAGAAAGUAGAAGCUCAUAUAAAAGGAAUGAUACUGAAAGCCAAAGGAAGAGGCGCUCAAAAAGCCGUGAAAGUAGUAGUCCUGAAUCCGGUAAAGAUAAGAAGUCUAGUAGAGAUCAUGACAGAAGUCCAGACUCAAAAAAGAGACCAAGUAGCAAAGAGAGAGAAUCAAAAAAACCAUACUCACGCAGCAGUAAAGAAAAGGAAAAGACCACAUCAUCAGCAGAAAAAGAAAUAAACCAAAAAUCUAAGAGUCAGGAAAGAGAUCAUGCUCCUAGUAAGGAUAAAAAGUCUGAUCAUGAAACAAGUCCUGGAACAGAUGAUGACAGGCACGGAUGAGUUUGUGGACUUAAUGUUUCCGUUGUCUCAAAGUUUUAGAGACAUUUUGGGGAACGCCUUUUUUUAAGAUGUGGACUUCAGUUUGGUCUUUUGAUAAUCUAAAACCUGGAUCAUUUGUACUGCUAAAGUUUUAAUAAACUUAAAAUGAAAAAUGUAUUAUAUGUGUAAUACAGUGUGCUGUGUUUUAAAUAUUUCAUUGGUUUGUGUAUCCUUCUGCGUGUUGCCAGCUAGAAAGGUAGCUCCUCUGCUGCCCUUAUUUUUUACCUGAUGAACUUAGUUUAGUGCAAACAGUGACUGCCUGUGGAGGAGCUUGUUUUCGUGUGUGAAGAAGAAAGCUGCAAGUACACUACAUGUCAUCUUAAAGCUAAGAGAAUGUUGUAAGGUGUCCAUCACUUCAGUGUUGCUGCAUCUGUAUUUCAGUAGGUAUAAAUCUUAAAGAAACU